AUGUUUCCAUGUUUGAUUCUCACUACUCAAAUACGAUUUUCAGUCCCACUGCUUGGUGCACAGAUUAGCUUGGAGUUUUUCCAACGUCGACCCCGUCCAUGGCCACUAACAACGGAAUCUGUAGCAUGGGAGCGAUGGAUAUUACUUUUGGACAUUUUCAAGGCUAAUUCUUAUGAUGAUCAUGCACGGAUGCGAGUAUCCGUAGCCGAAAGCGUCGGCGAAAUUGUUCUUCAAGUGUGCAGUUCCAUAAAUCGGCAACAGUAUCUACCCAAGAUGCCGACAAGGACGGAGCUCUCAAAUGUUUUCGACUCAAAUCUUCCGGAUUGUCAACCGUAUCUCUUCAAAGUCUGUCGCACUCCGAUUAGACCAGAGAGUACCACAAAGACGGGCAGUGAUGGAAUGCGGCGGUAAUACGCAACCUUAUGAUAAACUAAUAAUUUGCUUAGGUCAGUAUUGUUUUACAACUUGCAUAUUUUACGUGUCUUUGUCGAGGGGUAUACAUAUCGCUAUCAUUUAACAAAGACUGCCACUGAUCUGUAUCAAGCUCCCGGUUUAAGACCUUGUCUUUCCGCAUUUGCGGGUCCACUUAUUGUGAAGUCGUUUACGAUCCAGUUUUAGGUUUUUGUUUUGCUGUUAUUGAAGUCGGACAAGUCAUCUGAUUUCGAUCUUCUUGCAUUUUGAUCAGCCUAUCAUCUUGAGAUUGCUGAUUUGCAAGUUUUAGCUAUGGAGCUCUGCUAUGUUGUCAGUCGCAUUAUCUCAAUUUGAUAAGCUGUUAUUCCUUAGUGUACAUUGUUUCAAUUUCAUAUUAGUUCAAGGUUCAU